AUGUCAACAGGAAACGUCCACAAGCAUGGGGUCUGGCCUGGAGAUGAGAGCCGGGAAAUUUCCCCGCGAUCGCCUGCUGGAGAUUAUGACAGAAGUCAGCUGAGCUGGGAGGACAGGAGGGGAUCCGAGGGGAGCGGGGCAGGAACGCCUGUGGACACCGCCUCGUUCAUCUUCAACGCCUGGGACACCCUGCUUCAGGAGACUGAACUAGAUGCCCAGGCUCACGUGGACGUGGCAAGUCUGCUCAUCAAGAACGUGUACAGCCCGCUCCGUGAGGUGGCCGCUCACAAGAACAGACAGGCCGACAUGUUGACCUGUUUCCGGGAAAACUUUGAGGCCGUGCUCAACGAGACGGCGCGACAGACAGGGAAGGCGGAGAACGAUUACCACGGAUCGUAUCAAGAAUUCGCCAAGCUUCCGGACAAGGCCUCGGAAGAAAGCACGGCCUCGUCGGAAUCGAUUCGUGGGAAUCUGCACAACUUCCACAACGAUUACAUCCUCCGUAUUCGGGCCACCAACCGGACUGUGGACGAGUACAACAAAGCUCUGCCGCAGAUACUCGAGCAAACCGCCCUGACAAGACCAGACCCCUCAAUGGUACAUUAUAAGGAAGUCAACGAGGAUCAGAUGGACAGACAAGGUCACCAACGAGGAAGUGCUAAGGAGAACACGACAGAGUCAAGUCAGAGAUGA